AGACGUGGUUGCAUCAUUUUAAAUUUUUCGGAUUGCCUGUAAAAGUCUUAGCUCUCGUGUGCAAUUUCGUUGUUUGCACCGUUUACUGUGGAGUUUUGAGGAUAAUAGGUACUUAAUAUCGUCGUGAAGUAGAAUUUGUUUCCUGUGAUGUACUAGACCUUCCCAUGAUGAAAAAUCGCGGUAAAAUGAAUCGUCAUUGAGUUUGAUUAAUAUAUAAAAACUAACACAUACUACUACUUUUCUUUACUAUAACAACGUGCUCGAGUAACAGCAUUAUGAGUUCUUUCUCUCUGUUGCGACUGGCCUUGAUUGGCCUUUUGUUGCUAUGUCGGAGAACCGUCGCCGCGGUGUUCGGGAGCAGAGGAGGACGACUGAUAUCGAAAAGCCUUGCUCCUCUGUCUGGACGUCUCUCAGGUCGACAGUUUUCAACCGGCUCGUCCGGUAGUCGACCGCCCGUGCUCCCCUGGACUCGUUAUCUUAAGGAGCCCCGCAAGGACCGGAACGGAAACAAGUGGAAGGAAGAGCAAGUAUCAUCUAUACAAGAACCGCGCAGGAGCCCCGUUUCAGCUUUGCAAAAGAACAUUUCUCCGGCAGCUGCGCCUCCUCCUCCUCCUCCUUCUACGCCCCCUCCUCGUUCUACUCCCCCUCCUCAUCCUGUAGAAGCAUAUGCCAGUGGAGAAUUCCAGGCAGGAGUGCCAGCGGUUGGAUCAGCGAAUCCAAUACGGGAUGAGAUCAGGUAUCGAAGGCACGCGCUGGGGGAGAAGGGAUUUGGUGCGUCAAGCAUCCUCAAGGGCAAUGGCAAUUCAGAUCAUCCAAGACGACCCACGACCCAGGGUGAGUAUUUUGUAGUCGAAGAGAGCAUACGACAAUCGCCAGGGGCAGAGGCAGAAGCUCUACAGCUGAAGGAACGUGCAGACAUAAUAGCACGAAGGUGGAGUGAGUGGCAACGUCGCCUGGACGACUACGCCAAGUCACAGGUCCGAAUGGCUCACGUCCGAAGCUCCGGAGACUACUUUUUCAUGCGUAACGCCUGGACCGAUCGAAAAGAAAAAGUGGAAACGGCACAGUCACAAUUUUUUCUGUCAGUUCUUAGUCGGUGUGGACUUUGAUUGUAAGUUUACGAAGCUAUAAUAGAAUAAAGAUUUAUCCAUGCAGAUUUUUUUUUGAGAGAGGGUCACGGGAUAAGUACUUGUUAAGUAUAAUGAAGUAUACCGAGGACAAGUCCAAACCUUUCUAUUCCAUGUUGAAAACCUAUGAUAUAAAUUUAAUUUACAAAAUAUCUUCAGAUGCAUAAGAACGUGAGACAGUUCUUAGACAACGAGGCUGUUGGGAUCAUGCGCGCAGGUUACGCACAGAUGGACAAGGUGUCCGCGCGAUGGCCACAACAGUGGCAAGAAAGAGCAGAGCGGUUUGAACGGGUACCCUUCAAAAAAUUUGACUGUAUUGAUAUACUAUUCAUUAGAACAUGGAUUACCAUAUGACUAAUAUUGAACAUCUAUCUGUGGAUCCAAGACUUUGAUUUGAGGCGCAAUAGAAAAGUCUGAUGAGAAGGCGGAUGUUGCUUUAACGCUGAGAAAAAACAUUUCAUCUCGAUCUCUUCUCUGACUAGCACUGGUACCUGUUUGGUUUUCUUACACGAUAAGCUACCUCCGGAAAAUAUUUGAGUGAAAUUGCAAUUUUCACGUACACCCUCAGCAAUGGGCUGAGGUCAAAGACAUCGAUGAUCGCUUGAUUCAGAAAUUAUUGGAAGUCCAGAAGAGUCCGGAAGACCUUGCUGCUCUCUCGCGCGCUCUAUAUAAGUGGACGAAGCAGCUUCCGCCUCCGCGUAAAGGACGUUUUCAGUGUAGUAGUACUUCUUCAUGGGGGAGCAGUUUUGAACAAUCUAGAAGUGGCGCUGAUAGAAGAGGAGGUGUUGAUAAAACAAGCGAGGAUAGUAGCAAGCCAUUGUGGAUUGAAGCGUUGGACGAGCUCACGUACAGGGCUUCGGAUGGGGUCCAAGUUCUCUCGGAACCAGAACGCCAGGAGCUAGCGCAUGCGAUGUGGAGGCGUAUGCAUCUAGUGCGAGCGCUGACGCAGCAGACUAUGAACAUGCGUUAUCGCAUCCUGGACUGGACGACGCAAUGCGACCGUGUAUGGACCGCUACUCUGGACGACGGGCUGAAGAAAACGAAAAACUCGCUCUUUUCUUACACAGCAUCACAGAACAUUCCUACCGCGUUUCCGACAGGUAUGCUAUCGAUUUGGUAGACUCAAUAUUAGACUCUGAUGAAGCUGCUUUACUUUGGUAGUAUCUGUGAGCAAUCUUGUGAUUUGAGCUGGACUUGAAUGUGUGAGUAAGUAGUUGUUAGUCUUACAUAUAAUAUGUAUGUAAAGAAAGUGCUUCAAGAUUGUCCCUGAUUUUAUGAUCUUUGACCUUGAUGUGAAAGCUGUGCAUGAGGCUAGAAUCACAGACGCUUCUCACACGCUCAACUCUCAGAGGAACUGUCAGCGAAACGGCAUAAAACAAAAGAGGGGCUCGAACGGUUGAGUAAAUUAACUAAGUAGAGGUAAUUAAAAAGGUGCACCCGGGAUGCUACAGCCCUUGGCGUCCCACCCCCCAGGCCCACAAGGUGGCAGAGCACUGGGGGGGUGGGUGCCCGCACCUCAAGUAGACCAAGUAGACCACCGUUUUAGUCUUGUACAUAUUUACAUGCCCAGAAAGCGGGCCCAGCAAGGGCCCGCCGCACUGGGCACAGGGUAGGAGCAACGAGACAGAUAAGCCAAACGAAGCAAGCCACUAAGUAACCAAGCAAGCGACGCGCGGCCGCCUUAGAAUGCACCUGCAUGGACGCUGGCCAUGGUUAGGCCAGCAGGCUGGCGAUGGCUAAGCUAGCAAGCUGGAGCGGCUAUGACUAAGCUAGCAGGCUAGCUAUGGCGAAGCUGCUAGGUAGCAAGUUGGUCAUGACUAGGCUAACAGGCUGUCUAUGGCUAAGCUAGCAAGCCGGCGGGCUUGCGUGCUGAUAUGGCUAAGCUAGCAAGCUAGCAAUGGCUGAGCAGCUAGAGAGCUAGCUAUGGCAAAGCAAAGCAGCGAGCAAGAUAGCUAUGGCCAAGCAGCUAGCGCGCUAGCUAUGGCUACGCAGCUAGUAGCAAGCUAGCUAUGGCCAAGCAGCUAACAAGCUAGCGAUGGCUAAGCAGCUAGCAAGCUAGCCAUGGCCAAGCAGCCAGCAAGCUAGCAACGGCUAACCUAGCAAACUAGCCACGGCUAACCUAACAGUGCUAAGCUGGCAAGCUAGCUAUGGCUAAGCAGCGAACAAGCUAGCCAUGGCUAACCUAGCAAGCUAAGGCCCUUAAGAGGCGGCCCUUACGCAAGUGGCUAAUAUUCGCCCAAUUGUAUUUCAAGGGCCCCCUUAAGGAGCUCCCUUAAGGGCAACUUUGUGCCCUCAAGGGAGGGCUAUAAUAGAUUUCUAUGAUAGAAAUUCCUUCAGGGAAGCUAUUUCCUCAAGCAGAGGCCUUGGCCUUAAAAAAAUUGCUUACCCUAUAGAUACCAAUAUGUUUAUGCCUUGUGUACUUCGUUCAAAUGAAAACACUCCUAGGUUACGGCACGGGCCCUCCUGGGCAGCUGGCUGUGACAGCCGGGCAUGAGGUCGAGUGGUGGCUUCCUGGUGACGCUGACGAGCGCGCACGCGAGGCGCGCGAAGGCGCCGGCAAUGAUUUGACAUUGCCGCAAAACCAGCAAAAGGGCCCCAUAUCUUUGGCUGAGUUCGUCUGUUCCCCGGCCGGCGAACUAGGUGGUCCGGUUACCGCCACCAACAUCAAUACCAGCACGAUCGGAGAGGUAGAAGAUGUGGAGCAGUUGAAAUUGUUGUGUGAUGAUCAGGGAGAUGAAAACCAGUCUGAAGAAGCAGGGGACCUUGUGUCCUCUCCAGUUGAUGAUGACGAAGAAUUUGUGGACUUGUCGAACGCGUCCUGGCGGCACUUGAAGGAGGAGGUGAACGAGGUCAAAGAAGAGGGCUUCAUUUCGCCGGAGGAAUUCAGCAAGCUGCUCAAAGAUUUUGGAACCACCAACUUGAGCGGUUUGAUUAACCAGGAUGAGAAUGUCGAAGACAUACCGGAGGAGAAAUCUCAAUCUGGUGAUAUGAAGGAUAGCGAGGAGGUACCACUAGGAAAGAAUACUACCACAGGUACGAAUCCUACCUCCACUAGAGCAAGGCCGAGCACAGAAAAACAUAUUGCGCCUUCUGCGGAACAUCUGAACCGUUUUCGAUUCGAUUCGAGAGGCAGGGGUGCGCGAUUGAAUGUUGCUCGACCAGCGUAUUGCAUUGAGACUAUCACGGCACUAGAUCAUAGACACAAUCUGGCUUCUACGCCGUUGUCCAAAACCAAGGUACAACAACAACGAAAAGUAGUUAGCCAGCCGUCGUACGGCAACAUCAGGGCAGUUAGCGGUGGCCGUACCCACAUGCCGAAGCGAGCUUUGCCACGAACGCGCGGCUUCUCGAAGCAGUCCUAUGUCGGGGGAAAAUAAACCAAUUUCUUUAGAGUCUUCACAAGCACAACAUAGUACUAGAGGAGGCAAAUAAUUAAAAAAAAAAAGAAUUCUUGGGAACGAGAAGACGUUGCAAUAAGAUGAGAUUGGAGCUCCUUCAUCAACAACAGUGAAGGGACUCUUUUCUCAGUAUAAAAUCAGCGCAAUCUGUUUGGAUAAGAAAUGACACCGGACAAGAGGUCCCAGGGCAUGGUAUGACCUCAGGAUUGGGACAGUUGCUCGUGGUCACCACGGCAGCAAGGAAGUUCUGAGAAAAUUCGGAUCUUGAUCCUUGCUAGGUUUGGCUUACUUUAGGUCCUAUGUUUUUUCGUUAUUAGCUUUCUAAGUUUCUUUGUCGUACUAGAAAGAGUGCCGCUGACGUAGUCGAUGUAUAUGGAAAUUUUUGCGUUAGAAGGAGUAAUAAGUAAUUUACAGUUUUCGACGAAAGCGGUGUCUUGUUUGUGGUGGAUUUGGGCAGAAGAUAGCAGUCGAAUUUCUGCUACCACAUUUAUAUUGAUGACAUUAUAUAAUUUGUUUUUCUUUGAUAAUAUAUCAUUUGGGGCCUGAAUGAGUCGAAUACAAGUACAUGACGAAGAUCAUACCAUCGGCACUCAAAUUUAUUUCUUAUGAAUAAAGAGACUUCUAGUGCUGGAAUAGGUAGAGCCGCGCCAGAGUUAAGUAUGAUACCUCUCAGCAUCUUGGACUUUGAAGAAUCGCGGUCGGGACGAGUAAGUACAAGUGAUUCGCUUCUUAAAAUCAAUCCUUUCGACUCGUUUUUCGGCCGAUAAUCAAAUGUGCGACGCUUGCCGAGUCUCGUUCAAUCAAUGACAAUUAUGAGUAGAAAUUCGAGACUUCCAGGCAGCAUCGGAAUCCCAGUAAAUUAUCUGUUGGAUGCUUCUCACGUAUGUCAGAAAAAUGUGAUGAUUGUGAAUGUCGCAGGCAAGUGGUCUGGCACUAGUAACGACAUGUGUCUGUCGUCUAGUCUUUUUCGUUUCUUUCUUGUCUGUGACGCGCAGAUAAAGAAGACAAUCCACGUUUCUUUUAUGUAAAUCGAAAUGAUUUCUUGAAAGAAUUAUUCUUCCUGUAAAUAAUCUGUUCCUCC